AUGGAUUUUAAUAAACCCGGCUCAAGAACAUACUGUAACUCCACCUGGGAUGGUCUGUCUUGUUGGCCGACCACGUCUGCUGGUAGCCUGGCUAGCAUUCCAUGUUUUGAUGAGUUUAACGGUGUGCAAUAUGACACAAAUAGCAACGCAAGUAGGUAUUGCUUCGAGAACGGAACUUGGUCUGCUUGGUCAAAUUAUCGAUCAUGUAAACCUCUUAGUCUUCACGACGACGAACUGCUCAAAGCGAUGAAGGUUUUAUGGGAUACCAAGGAAGCUGCAACGAUAUACUACGUUGGAUAUGGAAUCUCUUUGGUUGCGCUGACUCUGGCUCUAUUCGUGUUUUUCAAGUUUGAAGAUUUAAGAUGCUUACGGAAUACCAUCCACACAAACUUAAUGGUGACGUAUUUGCUCAUAGACGUGACGUGGAUUCUGACAGCUACCUUACAAUCGAAUUCAAACUCGACAGCUGUUAAAAUUGCUUGUUUCCUGGUAAUUCCUUUAACCUACUUGAUGGCAACAAACUUCUUCUGGAUGCUGGUAGAAGGACUUUAUUUGUACAUGUUGGUAGUUAAGACAUUCUCCAUCGAAAAUAUUCCAUUCAAAAUAUACAUUGGAAUAGGAUGGGGCAUCCCUGCCAUAAUUGCUGCAGCUUGGGCGAUCGUUAAAGGAGUGGCCGGAGGCACUUCAGACGAACCACUUGCUCAGAGAGGGUGCCCAUGGCAAAACAAAGAUUACUACGAUUAUGUGUUUAGCUGUCCUGUUAUGCUGGUGCUAUUGACGAACAUAUUCUUCUUGGGAAGGAUAAUGUGGGUGCUAAUUACGAAACUCCGUGCAUCCAACUCCUUGGAGUCCAAGCAAUACUGGAAAGCUGCCAAAGCAUUGCUGGUGCUAAUUCCUCUCCUUGGAGUCACGUAUAUUAUUGUCAUAGCUACUCCCAGUGACCCUGCGGCAGAAGUGGUCUUUAUAUAUAUUCAAGCCACCCUACUCUCCAUACAGGGGUUCAUGGUAGCUGUUUUAUAUUGCUUCCUCAAUGGAGAAGUCCAAGCGUCGUUGCGAACUCACUUGCAGAGAUGGCAAACACAGAAAACAGUUGGAACUAACUCAGCUCACUGGAGCAGUCGAUUCUCAUCUACUUCUCAAAAAGAGAGCACUGUACGCCGAAAAACUCUUCGAAACACCCUAACCAACAGCGCUUCGAACAAAACUCCAUCAAAUCAAGUUGUGCAAAGCAAAAGUGCAAGUCCGCAGAGCAACACACAAGUACAAGAGAAUAUGUUGUAAAUGUUCAGUAGAUUUUAAAUGUACGCUGAUUUCGUCAAAUAAUAAA